CCAACUUGCCUUUCCACCGGAGCGGCUGGUGAGAGCAGCGACCAGAGGAGUGAACUCCACGCAGACCACAGGCUAAAAAGACAUAAAGAUGCCCCCAAAGAAGCAAGAAGCUCCCAAACCACCGCCACUAAUCGGUCGGUUUGGUACCUCUCUGAAGAUCGGAAUUGUUGGGUUACCAAAUGUUGGGAAAUCCACCUUUUUCAACGUGCUGACUAAAAGCCAAGCUGCUGCAGAGAACUUCCCGUUCUGCACAAUUGAUCCAAACGAGAGCAGGGUCCCUGUUCCCGAUGAGCGCUAUGAUUUCCUCUGCCAAUACCACAAACCAGCCAGUAAGGUUCCAGCUUUUCUAAACGUCGUGGACAUUGCUGGUCUGGUGAGUGGAGCUCACUUGGGACAGGGACUGGGAAACGCCUUUCUCUCCCACAUCAGUGCCUGUGACGGCAUCUUCCACAUGACUCGUGCGUUUGAUGAUGAGGAUAUCACCCACGUGGAGGGAAACGUUGAUCCAGUGAGGGACAUUGAGAUCAUUCACGAGGAGCUGCGACUAAAGGACGAGGAAAUGAUCGCUCCAGUCAUCGACAAACUGGAGAAACUGGCCGUCAGAGGAGGUGACAAAAAACUCAUGUCUGAAUAUGAAAUCCUGAUGAAGAUCCGGCAGUGGAUAGUAGAGGAGAAGAAACACGUCAGAUUUAACCAUGACUGGAACGACAAAGAGAUUGAGGUGUUGAACAAAUACCUGUUUCUGACAUCCAAGCCCAUGAUCUACCUGGUUAAUCUCUCAGAGAAGGAUUACAUCAGGAAAAAGAACAAGUGGUUGUUGAAAAUCAAGGAGUGGGUAGACGCUCAUGAUCCCGGCGCUCAGGUUAUUCCUGUGAGUGGAUGUUUAGAGUCCAAGCUGCAGGAAAUGGAGGAGGAGGAGAAGAAAAAGUACUGUGAGGAGGUGAAGACGCAGAGUGUCCUGCCCAAAAUUAUCAAAAGCGGCUUCUCGGCACUACAGCUGGAGUACUUCUUCACAGCGGGACCAGAUGAGGUGCGAGCGUGGACUAUCAGGAAAGCGACCAAGGCUCCUCAAGCUGCAGGAAAGAUCCACACUGACUUUGAGAAAGGCUUCAUCAUGGCCGAGGUCAUGAAGUACGAUGACUUCAAAGAGGAAGGCAGCGAAAGUGCAGUCAAGGCUGCUGGAAAAUACAGACAACAGGGCAGGAACUAUGUGGUGGAGGACGGGGACAUUAUCUUUUUCAAAUUCAACACACCGAACGCACCCAAGAAGAAACCAUGAGACCACACAGACACCAGGGGGAGAACUCAGCAUACUGUUUAGUUUGGCCCCUGAGAGCUGCACUGUCUGCUGGUUUUCAUACUUCUCUUUUGAAUUCAGAGGAUCAACUCGUGGUUGGCCAGAGGUAUUUACCCAACCGGCCUCCCAGGCCUGGACCAGAAUCUUUAACAGUUAAUGUUUCUGCACAAGCAUAACAUACAUUCCUACCAGUAAUAUUUGGAGCAAAUUUUCAAACAGAGCCAACUCUACUAGUCAAACAUUUUAAAAACACUAUAUUUUUGGUCUCAUGGUCCAAAUUAGAACAGGUAUAACUGAACUUAGAAAUAUGACGUUUUGACUUUUACUGGAACAGCAUUUUAGGGCUGCAACUAACAUAAUAACCAUUAUUAAUUUAUCUGCAAAUUAUUUUCACGAUUAACCAAUUUAUUGUGCCAUCUGUGGAAUAUCAAACAAUUGUGAAAAAUGCUCAUCACAAUUUCCCAAAGUGACGACUUUCAAUUGUCUUAAACCCAAAGACUCUUCAUUUGUGAUCAUGAAUGACUAAGAAAAGCAGCAAAGUCUCACAUUUCUGAAGUUGAGACCAGCAAAUGUUUGACAUUUUUUGCUUGAAAAGUUGACCGAAGUGAUUAAUCGAUUAUCAAAAUAAUUUUCUUUCAAUCAGCUAAUUGUUACAGCUCUACUACAUAUCGUUUUUAACAGAUACUGGCGCUAUUUAUGUGUUUAAAAGUGCAUCAGGUAAUCAGAGCUUGCCCUCUUUUCUGGAUGCUUUUUGAUCAUUUAAACUACAAUGCUUUUAUUAUAACCUUAAGAUGAUAUUAAUUCCUCUGAGGUAACUUUUAUCAUCUAAGCCAAAAAAAAAUCAAACAAACUAGAGAGCAUUUUUCUUCGGGGUCACUCCAGCUGGGAUUCAGUGUGGCACGACUGAAAAUGAAUGUGGGACGGGUUUAAAUGGGAGUAGAUAAUGCCCCAUUCCCCAUUUCCUACUCCUAAGCUCCUUGAACUGGCUCUGAUUGUCGUAAUGGCUGUAAAUCUCACGGUUCAGAGACAAUUCAAAGCAUGUUUGUAUUGUUAACGUUAACAAAGUUAUAUAAAUUUUUGGUAGCAUCGAUGCUACGCCAGUAUCUAAACCAUUUACUCAGUUCCUUUAUGCCUUUUCUCCUUUGUGUUUAUGCUUUUCAUGAUAAAGAAAUAACACCUUUUUCAAAAAUUCUAAAAUAUACGUUUUCGACAAAUGUUUGACUGCGUUAUCAAGAGAAAAUGAAAACCAUCACUCAGUGUUGCACUAGUUGUCAGUACUGUGCCGUAUUCUGAGGGAGAGGAAUAUUAUUUUAGGAAGAGCAAAGUAGGAUGAGACGCCUGAAUGGAGAGGGUUGUAUUACCAACUACUUUUAUUGACUUGGGUUCGGGAUGGUUUAUAACGGGAAAAAAAAAGAAGCCAACCUCUACAUUAUGAACUCCACCCUGUGUCACAAGACAAUGCUUUAUUGUAAAUCAGCUACUAGAGUGCUCUGUGGAUCAUCAGGACGGUACAGCUUCAUAAUGCCUCGUUUCACCUCACAGCCCCACAAGUUUGAAUGUCUUUAUUUUCAAGAGCACCCAAAAAUCCCCCCAUCAAACACCCUGUGAAAAUCUUUAUGAACUUAAGGGAGCUGGGAUAUAACAAAUAUCAUUCUCAUCAAUAUGCAUGUGUCAAUAAAAGGAGACAAACCUGUCA